ACAUUAUUCUGGCACAAGGUACAUUCAAUAUAAAAUCACAUUGCAGUUUGUUGAAAUUGAGACGAGACUAAACAAAAAAAUCACAUUACAUUCAAUAUGUUGCUGUUAACCUUUGUUUGUCUGACUUACUUAACUACAGCCAACGCUGUGACGUUGGGAACAGCAGCAGCAUCUGAUUGGGGUUACUGGACUGCGUCAAUCUUAAAGGUUGAUGCAGUGAACUCCAGCAUCUACACCCAUACAUGCGGUGGAGUCCUCCUGAAUACGACUGGUUACGGCAACAGUGAUAGGUUAUGGAUACUGUCAAGCGCAAGAUGUUUUGCAGAAAACCAAAUCACUGCUGAUUGGAGGGUUGAGGUGGGUAGACGACACAUUCUAGACGACGAUCCCUCAACUGUACAACUUAAGCCAGUCUCAAGGAUCAUUAGGUACCCCACUUACGACAUCAACGACUACCAAGUGAACGACAUUGCGCUUGUAAAGAUGGGUAGCCGAGUUUCUUUGAACAGUCGAGUGGGAGUAGCUUUUCUUCCAUCCAGAACUAAUGAAAAUUACGUGGGCAGAGACUGUUAUCUGAGUGGCUGGGGAAAAUUAAACAGCUUUGAUGAAGACACCGCCCCGGAGUUCAUCCUAGGAGGUCGAGCUAUGCAGAUCGCAGACACGUUUACAAUCUCCAACGCUGACUGCUCCAGCCAGUACCCUGCCAUUGUAAACACCAUGGUCUGUGCAAUGAGGUCAGAAACAGAAUACCCAAGUCCGUGUGGAGAGAGAGAUUACGGCUCUCCAUUGAUUUGUAACGCUGGGAGCGUUAACAGCCCCAUCUAUCGAGCAGCUGGUAUAUCAACUGGACAGUGGCCCGGGCAGAACUGUGGAGACAACUCUCUAACUCCAAUACCACUAUUUACAAGAGUAGCUCCAUUCAUCACCUGGAUCCAGGAUACCGUCACUAACAAUUAAAUUUGCGUGCUCAUUCUUUUAUUUGCUAAUAAAGACAGAAUUAAAUUACCAUAAUUUAUCUUCAGCAGCAUCGUCUAUCUUGGGAAUUUACAUGUAAAAGUAGUAAAAAAGUAAUAAAACAUAUCCUGUCAUCCUCCCAAGCUGGUGUCCAGAAUCCGUACCUCCUUCUUCCCCCUGCCAAUUUGGAAGCCCCCGGUUUAACAGAAUCACGUGAUGUUAUUAUGCGCAAUGGCUAUAAUCGGGGAAAUGGUAAUCGCAGGGGGUAAAAGAAAG